AUGGCGGACAUUGAGCGGCCAUCGUCGCCUACGCCAGAAGAGCGUGAGAAGCUCGACGCGGAAGCAAAAAAGAAGGAGCAAGAGGAGCAGAGCAGGCUGCCGUACAAAUGGACGCAGACAAUCGGUGACCUCGACAUAUCUGCGUCCAUCCCCGCGAACAUCAAGGGUAGAGAUCUCGAUGUGAAGAUUACCAAGACCAGCCUGAAGGCUGGCAUCAAAGGUCAAGAACUUAUCAUAGAUGGCACCCUCCCCCACAGCAUCCACGUGGACGAGUCUGCCUGGACACUAGAAACGACCAAAUCCGGCAAAGAACUCAACAUUCACCUUGACAAGGCCAACAAGAUGGAGUGGUGGGCUCACGUCGUCACCUCGGCGCCCAAGAUCGACACGACGAAGAUCACGCCGGAGAACAGCAAGUUGAGUGAUUUGGACGGGGAGACGAGGAGUAUGGUGGAGAAGAUGAUGUAUGAUCAGCGGCAGAAGGAGAUGGGCAAGCCGACGAGUGAGGAGGAGAAGAAGAUGGAGAUGCUGAAGAAGUUCCAGGAGCAGCACCCUGAGAUGGACUUUUCGCAGGCCAAGUUUAGCUGAACGGGUGACAUUUUAGGAAGCAAGACUGUAGCAUAGUGGUAUGAGAAG